UCGUUGAGUCUGGACAAUGCGGUUGAGGUUUUCCUGUUGAAGAAUGAAGGUGAAUUUGUGAGCGUUGAACAGGGUAACCAGAAGCUAGGUAAUAGUAGCAUCAGCGUGGGUGAAAAAAAGAAACGACGUGAAGAAAAUAUGCGACAAUUGCUUGACGUUACCAACACAAUAACAUCGGAAGAAAUGCGAGAGUUCGAAAUGAGCAGAUACGGUUCGCCGCAUCAUUGCCGUUCGCAAUCGGUAAAAGCACCCGGUCGAGGUUCAGGUAGACCAAAUCAGCUAAGUCUUCCGCAACAGCGCUCAAGAGUGGCUUCAAUGCCAAAUACUGGUGUCGAAGAGGAGUAUUAUCGAUUGCGACAUUUCUCGAUUACUGGGAAAGGUGUCAUCAAUCGUGGUGACUCGUUGAAAAGCCGUCGCAGCCGCUCAAAUACCAGUGUGGCUAGCUCAAAUUCCAGCACGGAACAUUUGACGGCAACGAAUCCGGGCAAUUCGGCACGAACAUCGGCUACAUGUAGCUUAGCAUCAAGCCGAGAAAGCAGUACCUCCAAUCCAGGAGCAGGACCAUACAGGGUGUUAAUGCUGGGAGACACGGCCGUUGGCAAAAGUUCGCUGGUCUCUCAAUUCAUGACUUCGGAGUACCUACACGCUUACGACACUAGCAUUGACGAUGAAUCAGGAGAAAAGUCGGUGUCGGUGUUGUUAAAUGGUGAAGAAUCCGAACUAACAUUCAUUGAUCAUUCGACGGCUGAAAUGUCGCCGGAAAAUUGCCUUACAAGCUACGAACCACAUGGAUACUGUGUUAUUUAUUCAUCAGCUGAUCGUGAUAGUUUCAUACUGGCUGAACGUAUACUGCAAUCGCUGUGGACAUCGGAGAAUAUAGCACAAAAGGCUGUGAUAUUAGUGGGUAACAAAGCCGACCUAGCACGUAGCCGCACUGUUACGUCUGAAGAGGGAAAAGCAAUGGCAACAGCAUAUGACUGCAAAUUUAUCGAGACAUCAGUUGGCAUAAAUCAUAACGUAGAUGAGUUAUUGGUUGGAUUGCUAACGCAAAUACGGCUGAAAUUGGAGAAUCCGGAAAAAUCCAGAGAUUUAUUUCGGAAGAGAUCGUGCCGCAAAUCGAAACGAAGAUCAUGUUCACCGCUGGGCACAGCUUGUUUGUCAGGUAAUAAUGCUACCAAUCCAAGCACCCCAAAUUCGAUGGGAGUCAAUGAGAUAAACGAAUGCCCAACACCACCAUCAAGCGCUCAAAAUAGUCCACGCAAAAUACGGGGAACGCGUACGUCCGCCAGUUUGAAAGUGAAAGGUUUAUUGGGUCGAGUAUGGGCACGUGACUCAAAAUCAAAAAGUUGCGAAAAUCUUCACGUUUUAUAAUCAAAACGUUCUUUAAACGACACAUCAAACAGCGCACAGAUCGUCGCCAGAAUCAUCAGUACUAAUGUUGUCAUUACGGCACAUCAUCACGACUUCUGUGUCAACAGUCAUCGUUCGUUUUGUUUAUUCACCCAUCCAUUGUAUUCCAUGAGCCUCCCGAUUUCCAGCCAGUCGAUACAUAUAAUAUGAUUUCGGUUCGUUUAAAAAAAAACGUUCGUUCGUUCAAUUUCAAUUAACAAUUUGACAAUUUGUACAUAUGCAUUUAUUUCAAAUGCACACACAUUCAAACGUCCCAAAAUAAACAACACUUAGCAAAGUAAGUAAUUUGUUUAGGUCCUUCUCCGAAGGUUAGUUUAUCCUCUCAUUUUUUUCAACAACGUGACCGUUCAUUUCCUUAGUUAAUUUUUUUUUGUUCGGAGCGUGUAUUCAUUCAAAGGAACAAGCUCUUCCGCCGUGAACCUUUGAAUUUUGUUUAAAAAAAAAGUUAACAUAUGUUUGUAACAAUCUUGCGGGUCAAAGGGAAAACCUUCUUCUCGGAAAAAGAGUUUCUCUUUUGCUAACACACGCAUACCCAAUCAAAAAUGUCUUUAAUGAUAUAAACGUAUAUGAUUUAGUGCGUUAGAGUGUUGUUCGAACGAAACAAUCACACAAGCACAUAGUUCGAAUCACUCGUAGCUGUGCAACAGGUACACUCUGUGGUCACGUUUGACGUUUAGUUUGCCCUGUUUUUAUUCUUAACAACAACAAAUCAUACACAUUCUGUGUAGUUCGGUACACUGUACAUAGAAAUUCCAGAUGGCGCCAGCUGUAUUAAAUCGCUAGUUGCGCAGCUACGGAAUCACUUGUGACGCACGUCAAAUUAAACAUAAAUAAGAAGAACAAGUAAAACGAACAUGUAAGAUAUUUUACCUUUAAUUGUUGACAUCUAUGUAUGUAUAUAUAUUUUGAUUCCCCGGGAACUAGGUUAAACAAAUAAGACGAAAAA